UCCCUCGCCAACUCUUCAGGAGCAAAAACCUUUGGUGAGUGGAGUGACCGAUUUCUUCGUCAUGUCACUUCCCAUUUUUCGGACAGUUCUACAAGGGUUGACGUGCUAUUUGACAGAUAUGUCAAGAACUCGAUAAAAGGAGGAACCAGAGACAUGCGCAAGGAGAAAAAGAAUAUGGAACAAUAAAAAAAGAAUACAUGUCUUGAUGCACCCGCAAUGUGGAUAACAGAGAUCGGAGAAUUGGAAACUGGGAAAGGGUUCAUCAUUCUAGAAGAUAACAAGGCUAGCCUAGCUCAUUUCCUCUCGACUGAAAUCUCGGAGAGUUACAGCCCGCCUCCUAGGCGAGAGCGGGUGAUCAAUGGAGGCUUCAAGGAUACACUGAAGGUGUGGUCAUCUGACACAUCACGACAAGAUAUAAGGGAGCUCGCAUCAGAUCAUGAGGAGGCAGAAACUAGAAUAGUACUACACGCCCGAGACGCAGCAGCAAGAGGCUACAAGCAAGUCAACAUUUUGUGUCGUGAUAAGGACGUUCUUGUCCUCCUUUUGGCACACUAAGAGCAGCUUUGCCAAGAGAUAUGGAUGUUUGCAGGUACAUCAAGACCAAGGCGUUUACAUACCAGUUCACAGAAUCCCGCUCUCCGAGGAGAAGAGGAAGUCGCUUCUGGCAUUUCAUGCCAUUACUGGCUGUGAUACGACAAGCCAGUACUAUAGUGUGGGCAAGGCAUAG